ACACGUGCACGCGCGCGGGCGCGCGACUGCGCGAAGAUCCACGGCGAAGAUCCACACGCACGAUCGAUCGAGGGACCAUGGAUCCGUAUUGUUGUAGUGGGAUAUUAUGCUAAUCGUCUUUACGGUCAGAAUGCGGGAGGAAGAGCUCGAGAUAUCACUCAAGGUGGUGAUAGUAGGCAACGGCGCCGUGGGGAAGUCCUCGAUGAUACAAAGGUUCUGCAAAGGUACAUACACGAGGGAUUACAAGAAAACGAUCGGCGUGGAUUUUUUGGAACGUGAGAUCGAAGUUGAUGGCGAGGAUGUAAGAUUGAUGCUGUGGGACACUGCGGGACAGGAGGAAUUUGAUGCGAUCACUGCGGCUUACUAUCGCGGUGCCCAUGCCUGUGUGCUCGCUUAUUCGGCCACCGACAGAGAUUCCUUCGAUGCUAUUCCUUCAUGGAAGCUCAAGGUGGAGAAUGAAUGCGGAGAAAUUCCGACCGUUUUGGUGCAAAAUAAGAUUGACCUCGUCGAUCAGUGUGUGAUUGAUCCAGACGAGGCCGAGAGACUCGGUCGUGCCUUAGGCUGCAAACUGUUGCGAACGUCCGUAAAGGAGGAUAUCGGCGUGAUGAGCGUCUUCCGCCACUUGGCGUCGCGGUGCUUGCACGAGAUGCGACGCUCGGACGACGACUAUCAGGACGAGCUGAGAUUAUAUUCCGCAGAAUGUAGAACUCCUUCCGUCAUCAGUGCAUUUAACCCGGACGGUUCGAUGUGCGGUCGCAACGCUGGUAAUGGGACAAUAAUCCUCCGACCGAGUGGCAAGACAAAGAGUCACAAGAAACGAAAUUUCGUGAAGAACGCUUGCAGACUCUUGUAGCUAUGUUUUUUUUUUUACAGCAUGCGUACGAUGACGUCAACAUCGCGUUUACAGUAUCGCACAGGGACACCGGAAGCACAGCUGCUUUGAGUGUGUUGUGUUCGUCUCUCGGUUGUAAAUAUAUAUAUAUAUAUAUAGUUGUUUAUUCUGUAGACAUAAAGGACGGUGAUUUAAACCGAGUGUAUACAUAAAAACGGAAAAAGAACGCGUUUAAGCAGCACGACAAUGAUGCAAUGGAUACGAUGUUAUACCGAAUUAUCGCUGCAUAUGUACCAUCUGAAGAUUGUUUAAACGUGCAUUACAUGGCUCUAAUAUCGAUGCGUGCUGUUAUGCAGCUAGCAUCGCAGUGUCAUCGCAGAACGUGACAAUAAGUUGGUCAGUUUUCUAACUAAUGACCAUCUACGACAGUUAGAUAAGAGUAAUAAUAUACAUUUAAUAACAUAUGGGAACUUAAUUUAUACGUGACAGAAAUAAUUACGCUCGUAACGUUAACCAAAUGACGUAGAUUAUAUAAGGUAGGAGAGAAAUUAAUCUCGGAUAUUAAUUGUGCCUACAUAUUCGCUAAUUGCGAAUGGUAUGGAUAAUGUAAUACAAAAAUGACGCGCGGUUUGCGAAUAUUUUAUCGUAUCGUUCUAUUGAAUAAUCAUUGAUCUUUUUUAAUUGACAUAGCAUUGCGAAUGAAAUUAUCAAGUCAGGAUUGUAAUGUUAAUGCUGUAGCUAAUGAUGUAGCAUUAAUGCCAAUGACAAUAAUAAUAUUAAUGAUGAUAUAAUAAUGGUUAUUCGUGAAUUAUCACGUCGUUAUGAUGCUCGCCAAUCGACUGCCAACUUUACAAAAAUUUGACAUUAUGGAAUGAGAUAAUAUACUUAAUAUUUACUGUAUAUGUUACAUUUUUAUUUUGUUAUAUUACAGACGAUAAUGAAAAUCUGUACAUUUGCCUAGCAAUAAAACGAUUUUUGACA